AUCAAUGGAUCCUGUUAAUUUUCGUGUUUAAUUUCAGUUUCGGGAAUGAAAUAAAAGACGUUCGUUAUAGGUUGAGUGUGGAUUAACAAGUGCAAGAUUAAAAAAAAAUGGAAGUGACUUCUUCGAAUUUUCAAGAGGUCCUAGUGGAAUUAGAUGAAAUUUUGAAAAAUGCAACAUUUCUUUGUAUCGAUGGAGAAUUUACAGGACUUAAUUCAGGACCUGAUGCCGGUGUCUUUGAUACACCUGCUCAGUAUUAUGCAAAAUUAAGAACAGGAUCAAUGGAUUUUCUUCUUAUACAAUUUGGCCUUUCUGUCUUUACAUUUAAUAAAGAAAUGCAAAAGUAUAAUCAACGAUCGUAUAAUUUUUAUGUUUUUCCACGUCCGUUAAAUCGUACGGCUCCAGAUUGUAGAUUUAUGUGUCAAACUUCCAGUAUAUCAUUUCUAGCGUCACAAGGAUUCGAUUUUAAUAAACUUUUCAAAUUGGGCAUUCCUUAUUUAACCGCAAAUGAAGAAGAAAAAUUGAUGAAACGAUUAGAGGAAAAACAGAGGAUAAGAGAUGAAGCAGCAGAAAUAUUACCUAUUUCGGACGUCGAAAGACCUCAGAUUGAAGAGAUUUGUUCGAGGAUAGAUGAAUUUGUCACUUCCGAAACAGAAGAACUAUUGAUAGAAAAAUGUAAUGCUUUCAUUAGACGACUCGUGUAUCAGGAAGUAAAAUUAAGAUGGCCAAACAAAUUAAAAGUUGAAAGUAAAAUGAACAAUUUUGGAUGCAGUCUUGUAGUACAAAGAUUAGGAACUAAGGAAGAAGAAGAACAAAGAGAGAUUGAGAAAAGAGAAAGAGAAAAGACAGAAAUUCAACAAGCAGUUGGAUUAAGUAUUCUUAUGAGGAAAAUUGCAGAUUCCGGAAAAUUAAUAGUUGGUCAUAAUAUGUUAUUAGAUCUCUGUCAUAUAGUACAUCAAUUUUUUGGACAAUUACCGGAAUCAUAUUUGGAGUUUAAGAGUCUUGUUCAUAGUCUAUUUCCAAGAAUUUUAGAUACAAAAAUAAUUUGCCAUUCGCAGCAAUUUAAGGAAAAUAUACCAUCGUCGAAUUUAGGUAUAUUACUAGAAACUGUUAGUAAAUCACCGUUUAAAAUUACAGAAGUGGAACCUACCGAUGGUAGAAGUUAUUCUACAUUAUCAGAAAAAUGUCACGAGGCUGGUUACGAUGCAUAUAUAACUGGAAUAUGUUUCAUUGCAUUGUCCAAUUAUCUUGGUACCUUACAAAAACCUGAAAUGCCGAUAGUUUUAUCGGAUUCACCUUUACUCAAUCCAUUUUUAAAUAAACUUCUCAUAGCAAGAUUAAAAGAUGUGCCGUAUAUAAAUCUUGUUGGAGACGAUCCUAACCCAAGUAGAGAUCAUGUAUUCCAUUUAACAUUCCCAAAAGAGUGGAAAUUUAAUGACAUAUCUCACUUGUUUAGUCCAUUUGGAAGUGUGCAUGUGUCAUGGUUAAGUGAUAUAUCCGCAUACAUAGAAUUACAUCGUCGGGAUCAAGUCAACGAGGUGAUGAAAGUUCUAGCUAAAACGAGUACCUAUAAAUUACAAAGGUAUGCUGAUUACCAAGCUUCUUUAGAAAGCUUCAAUACAGGAGAGCGCAAACGAAAAUUAUCUUCGUCCGAGAUUGCUGCCAGAUCCUUGCGAAAACUUCAAGAAAAAGCGUUAAAUCUCGUUCGGACUAUAAGGAAGUUUGUUCCUCGUUUGUGACAAGGCUAGUCCAUUUACGUUCCUACGGAAUAAUAAUACGAGGAUGAGAAUAUAUUACCGACGAUGGGUGCGUUGAGUUUUUUAAUUUAAUCAAAUUCUCACUCGAUAUCGUGAAAAUUCUUGCAUUUUUAAUAUCGUGAAAAUGGUGUGCAAAAAGUGUCUCGCACGAUUGUUACAUACGAGAGAUGCGACAACUGUGGAUUUUGUUAAAAAAAGGAAAGUUUAAUAACUCCCGUACGUACGAGAUCUGACGAUACGAAAGAGACGGACCAACAAACUUCUCACCGCCGAUAUUGUCGAGUCAGACCUCGUACGUACAUAGAUAAAUGACUCGAUCGGUAACGCGCAUAAUUGUACACACAUUAUCGAUCAAUCGGCUCUCCUUUGACGUUAACGCGUUAUUACCGUGUACUAUGCAGAUACGUGGUUCGAGAGUUUACAACGGAGCGUGUUUUAUUGCAGAAAUCAUUUCAAUCAUUUCGAAACGAUCAGUCUUAACGAGACAACGCACUAUGGAGCACUAUUACUACUACUACUACUACUUCCGCGGAGCGAGGUCCCCGUACGCUUCGAAGAGUCGCAUUAAUACGAGUAUAAGAAUUGUUACGAUCCACAUCUUCGACUCGUCUCAAGUAGGAUGUUUUUAACAGAAUAAAGUUAUAUUGUUCGAUAAUAUUAUAUAAUAUAUUAUAUAAUAUAAAAUUAUUCAAACAAUAACUUUUUCCUCUUUUAAAAAACGUCAACUUUCUUAAUAUAUUCUCUCAAUAAUAUAACCUAAACUUCAAGAUACAUAUGCGCGCCACUCCUGUAAGUAGCGGCAGUUCCGAGUAUCACCGACUACGCCAUUAUUUAUAUGACGUAUACACAGAAACGUGUGUGUAAUAAUUUUUCGACAAUUUUUCUUUUCUUUUCUUUUCUUUUCUUUUCUUUUCUUUUCUUUUCUUUUCUUUUCUUUUUUUAUUUUUUUAAAUAUCUUUGUGAAACUGUGUGAAAGUAUCGAUCGUCGAAUUAAUUGAUUUUGGAUUGAUUAACUACUCGUUAAGCCAUAAACCACCAGUUAGAGACCGAUGGCAACGAGGUUGAUGUUAAAAAGGCGCGCAUCGGAAGAGAAUUCCCCGUGGUUGACAGGGGUAUCUGGCAUUCUUGCGCCGAUCAGCCAUACUUAACGACGAUGUUACACACGUGCAUUCUGCAUGCACGCACGUGAUGCUGCAUAUUCAUAAGUUGUGACCACGGCCGGCAACAUUUCCGCGGCAAGCUUCAACACGUGCACCGAAUAAAUAUUCUAGCUCUCUAAUGCUCGACUAGAAGGCAAUUGAUCUCUUUUCUUUUCUUUUUCUUUUUAUCCUCUUCCCGAAAGAUCCGACAUCCGGAGGUAGGUUUCGAUUACUGGAAAGAAACAUUGAUCGAUCAUCGCGUGUACGCUACGCCCGGCAUACUCUGUCACAUUGCGUACGCGACUAACACGAGCAUGAUUUAUCCUUUUGUGAACGUAUAUACUAGUUUUCUGAACUAGUAUCUAGUUAUAUUUUAUAUUUUAUGUCUCGUUUGUGUAUUGGCGGGGAUGGGGGGGAUAUUUGGAACAAGUUGCAUAGAAAAAGAGAGAAAAAAAGGAUUAAAAGACAACGUGAGAAAUUUCUAUAUUAUACGACACCGUUUGACUUAAGAAAAAAAAAAUGAACUCGAUUUACGCAUGCACUCGUAUACUCGACACUCUUAUCUUUUCCACUCUAUUUGUAAUAAUCUAUCUGAUCGAUAAUAAAAAUGUUAAAUGUACACACGUUUAUUAACGUCAAAUUUUUGUUUUCUUUUUCCUUAAGACGCGUCGUUAUCAGACGUUAUAAUACACAUGGUAUAAUACUAUACUACUUAUACAUAAUCACAUUUAUAUCGAUUUUCUCUAUUUGAUCAUGUCUAUUGGAUUUUUUAACCAGUAACAAAAUUUCUUUUUUCUUUCUUUCU